AUGCAUACACUAGUGCGUUUUGAAAAUGCAGCAGACGCAGAGUCAGUAAUUGCCAGGGAUGGGGAACAAGGAAUACGUGUUCGUCAGUCGACCAAAGCAGUUUUUGACGAGGCCGUUGACGGUAUUCCUCCCGCUAUAAUCUCUGUAAGUCAUUUCUCUCCAAUUUCUUUCUUUCUUCUAUUACAUCAAGUUAAGAUCUCGUUUUUUUAAAG